AUGAAUCUGUAUGGUCAUAGGCCUGCUAAUAAACUGCCAAUUUUAUUUGCUUUUAGCUCCCUCUCAGCAUGGGAAACGAAUGCUGGUUACCCAUUUCCACAUGCCAUAUAUCCUCCGACUCCUCUCAUCAAUACAAGUUCUGCUACAAGUAGAAUAGUUAAUUCAGAGGAUAAUAGACCCGACGGUGGGGAAAUUGAAGCACAAUAUACAUCGGCUAGAGUUGAGGAAAGUAAUGAGGAUAGACCACUUCCACAGGAAACUGAGGAUGGCAGUGCGGGGACAUCUCAGGAUGUUGAAAUGGAUGGUGAUGACAUGAUUGAGGAGCCAAAGUCGGGAAUGGAGUUUAAUUCCUUUGAAGAUUUAAUGAGUUAUUAUAAGCAAUAUGCUGAGCAGUGCGGGUUUGGAGUGACGAGAAAAAAGACUGAGAGGGGAGAAGAUGAGACGGUUAGGUAUGUCACCAUUACUUGUGCUCGUGGUGGGAAGGCCCGUAAUAGGACUUUCAAUGUCGCCAACCCACGCCCGAUAGGAAAGAUAGAAUGUAAGGCAAAGAUUAAUGCCUUAAAAUCUGAUGGAAAGUUUCAAUUGACUACAGUUCAUAAUAUCCAUAACCACGGCCUGAUUCUAAAGAAAUCUCGCUUCUUUCGAUGUAAUAGAGAAGUGAGUGACUCCGUAAAAAGAGUCUUAGAUACAAAUGAUUUGGCUAGCAUUCGAAUGAAUAAGAGCUUUGGAUCUCUUGUUGUUGGUGCAGGCGGAUUCGAGAACCUUCCAUUUUUGGAAAAAGAUUGUCGUAAUUACAUCGACAAGGCAAGACAUCUACAACUUGGCGCUGGUGGUGCUAGUGCUUUUCGAGAGUAUUUUUGUAGAAUGCAGUACAACAAUUCUGGAUUCUUUGCUUUGAUGGAUCUAGAUGAUGAUGGGAGGUUAAGAAAUGUCUUUUGGGCAGAACCUCGUAGUAGAGCUGCGUACCAAUAUUUCGGUGAUGUGGUCACAUUCGACACAACAUACCUGACGAAUAGAUAUGGGAUGCCGUCUGCACCAUUUGUAGGUGUAAACCACCAUGGUCAGUCAAUUUUGUUGGGAGCAAACUUGAUUUCUAGUGAGGAUACGGAGACCUUUGUGUGGUUAUUCAAGACCUGGUUGCAGUGUAUGGAUGGCAUAGCUCCGAAAUCAAUUAUCACUAAUCAAGAUAGAGCGAUGAAAAAUGCAAUAGCUAUUGUUUUCCCAGAGACCCGAUUGCUUGUGGCAUAUCUUGAAGAAAGUCCCCGAAAAACUUGGCUCCUAUUCUUCCUAUAA